CUUCCGGCCAGGCUGACACGUCCGCAGGUGGUUCGGAACGCGUGGCAGCGGGGGCGGGAAGCCCCGGCCGGCCCGGCCUUAAAGGCGGGGCGGAUUUGGGCGGAGGCCAUGGCGGAGCGCAUCCUGGUGACCGGCGGCGCGGGGUAUAUCGGCAGUCACUGCGUGCUGCAGUUGGCCGAGGCGGGCUACGAGCCCCUGGUCAUCGACAACCUCCGCAACGCCGCCAGAGGGCCCGGCGCGCUCCCCGAGAGCCUGCAGCGCGUGCAGCGCAUCGCGCGGAUGCCCAUCGCCUUUCAGGAGCUCGACAUCACGGACGGGGCCGCGCUGCAGCAGCUCUUCAGCACGCACCGCUUCUCGGCCGUGAUGCACUUCGCGGGGCUGAAGGCAGUGGGUGAGUCUGUGCGACAACCAUUGGAGUACUACGGUGUGAACCUGACCGGCACCAUUCGGCUGCUGGAGGCCAUGGAAGCACACGGCGUGAGGAACAUCGUGUUCAGCAGCUCCGCCACUGUCUAUGGUGACCCACAAUACCUGCCCCUGGAUGAGAAGCACCCAGUCGGGGGCUGCACCAACCCCUAUGGCAAAUCUAAGUACUUCAUUGAGGAGAUGAUCCAGGACCUCUGCAAAGCAGAGAAGGGCUGGAACGCCAUUCUCCUGCGCUAUUUUAAUCCCAUUGGUGCCCAUGAGUCUGGAAUGAUCGGAGAAGACCCUCAGGGCAUACCCAACAACCUCAUGCCCUAUGUGGCACAGGUGGCAGUGGGGCGCCAGGAAUUCCUGAGUGUGUUUGGAAAUGACUAUGAGACAGCAGAUGGGACGGGUGUUAGGGAUUAUAUCCAUGUUGUGGAUUUGGCCAAGGGACAUAUUGCUGCUUUGAAGAAGCUCAAAGAGAACUGUGGCUGCAAGAUCUACAAUCUGGGCACUGGCACAGGCUACUCUGUCCUGCAGAUGGUCCAGGCCAUGGAGAAGGCCUCAGGAAGGAAGAUCAAGUACAAGAUCACGGGCCGGCGGGAGGGAGAUGUGGCUGCCUGCUAUGCUAACCCAGAGCUUGCUGAGCGUGAGCUGGGCUGGAAAGCUGCAUUUGGCCUGGACAAGAUGUGCGAGGACCUGUGGCGCUGGCAGCUGCAGAAUCCCACAGGAUACAGCAAGAACUGAGCCCAGGUCCGAGGGCUCGUUCUACGGUCCUGGGUUCAGGGCCUGCCCCCCCCACCUGCCUCCAUGCUUCCUCAUCCUUACCCCACCAGGUCCUCUGCAUCUCACAGAA